CCUGAAAUAGUCACCAUGGGGGAAAAUGACCCACCCGCGGCUGAGGCCCCCUUCUCCUUCAGAUCGCUUUUUGGACUUGACGAUUUGAAAAUAAGUCCUGUAGCACCAGAUGCGGACGCUGUCGCGGCACAGAUACUGUCCCUCUUGCCGCUGAAGUUCUUUCCAAUCAUCGUCAUCGGGAUCAUUGCACUGAUAUUAGCACUGGCCAUUGGUCUGGGCAUCCACUUCGAUUGUUCCGGAAAGUACAGGUGUCGCUCGUCUUUCAAGUGUAUUGAACUGACAGCUCGAUGUGACGGGGUCUCGGACUGCAGGGAUGGGGAGGACGAGUACCGCUGCGUCCGCGUGAGCGGCCGGAACGCGGUGCUGCAGGUCUUCACGGCUGCCGCCUGGAGGACCGUGUGCUCUGACGACUGGAGGGGUCACCACGCUAACGUCGCCUGUGCCCAGCUGGGGUUUCCAAGCUACGUGAGUUCAGACGCCCUCAGGGUCGACUUAGUGGAAGAGCGGCUGCAGGGGGACUUCGCUUCCAUCAAUCACCUGCUGCCGGAUGACAAAGUGACGGCUCUCCACCACUCGGUGUACGUGAGGGAGGAAUGCGCCUCGGGCCACGUGGUUGCCUUGAAGUGCGUGGCCUGCGGUCUGAGAAUGGGCUACAGCUCACGCAUCGUGGGUGGAAACGUGUCCUCGCUCGCGCAGUGGCCGUGGCAGGCCAGCCUCCAGUUCCAGGGCUACCACUUGUGUGGGGGCUCUGUCAUCACGCCCGUGUGGGUGGUCACCGCUGCCCACUGCGUCCACGACCUGUACAUCCCCAAGUCGUGGACCAUCCAAGUGGGCCUGGUUUCCCUGCUCGACAGUCCGGCCCCUUCCCACCUGGUGGAAAAGAUCAUCUACCAUAGCAAGUACAAGCCCAAGAGGCUGGGCAAUGACAUUGCCCUCAUGAAGCUGGCCGGGCCGCUCACCUUCAACGAGAUGAUCCAGCCAGUCUGUCUGCCCAACUCCGAGGAACAGUUCCCUGAUGGCAAAAUGUGCUGGACGUCAGGAUGGGGGGCCACGGAGGAUGGAGGCGAUGCGUCCCCGGUCCUCAACCACGCAGCCGUGCCUUUACUCUCCAACAAGAUCUGCAACCACAGAGAUGUGUACGGAGGCAUCGUCUCCCCCUCCAUGCUCUGCGCCGGCUACCUGAAGGGCGGUGUGGACAGCUGCCAGGGAGACAGCGGGGGACCGCUGGUGUGUCAGGAGAGGAGGGUGUGGAAGUUGGUGGGAGCGACAAGCUUUGGCAUCGGCUGUGCCGACGUGAACAAGCCCGGCGUCUACACGCGCAUCACCUCCUUCCUGGACUGGAUCCACGAGCAGUUGGAGGUGGGUGCAGCUCACGCUGGCCCCGUCACUGGCCCCCGGCAUCCUCUUCUGCGGCCCCAGCGCUGCUGUGCGAGCCAGGGAGCGAUCACUGGGUGGUCUGUUCAGCAAGCGGUGUUCCGUGGCCCCUGGCUGGUGGACAGGAGCAUGGCUAGUCCCAUAGGCAAGGCUCCGUGA